CCAGGGACUUGGAGGUGUGUCUGAAGAAUACGAGGCUACAGCUGCAUACUGUAUCCAAGUCGGGGAGAAAUGGAAUGAGUACUGCUUUGUACUGUUUAGCCAAGCUUUACAGUGCGCGCGUUGGUAACUAACAUUCGACUCUUUCUGCUUUCACCUCAGUCACUAAUUAGGCCUGCAGGCACAGAGAGGCGAGGCGGAACACUCUCGGACAAACUGUAAACUUAGUCAAAAGCGACCAAAGUCCCCAAACUCACAGGCUGAAGAGGCUUCAAACGCAAACGAUUCAUCCUUUCUGGCUGUUUCAAGGAAGGAUACGCUGCUGGACAUGUGAAUUUAAAGGAGAUAAUUGCCAAGCACAAUAAUGAAACCAACGACUGCCCUGUGUUGCUUCGGCUUUCUCCUGACUUGCCUCUUGUUCGGGUCGAGCUCUUCACAAUCAGUAUGUGCUGGUACAGAGAACAAGCUGAGCACCCUGUCGGACCUGGAGCAGCAGUACCGCACCCUGAGGAAAUACUACGAGAACUGUGAAGUCGUAAUGGGCAACCUUGAGAUCACAAGCAUCGACCGCAGCCGGGACCUCACCUUCCUCAGAUCAAUCCGAGAAGUGACAGGCUAUGUGUUGGUGGCCCUGAACCAGUUUGACUACCUGCCUUUGGAGAACCUGAGGAUCAUCCGAGGAACAAAGCUGUAUGAGGACCGCUACUCCCUCGCAAUCUUCCUCAACUACAGACGUGAUGGAAACUCCGGUCUGCGCCAGUUGGGUCUGAGAAACCUCACAGAGAUCCUGAGUGGAGGUGUUUAUGUUGACCAGAACAAGUUCCUGUGUCAUGCAGACACAAUCCAUUGGCAGGACAUUGUCAAAAACCCUGGGAUGCAUCCUGUGGUGGUGCCCACCAACAGCAGUGUCUCAUGUCAAAAGUGCAAUCGUUCCUGUAAUGGUCGUUGCUGGGGACCCAAAGAGGACCAGUGUCAAAGCUUAACUAAGACAGUGUGUGCCGAGCAGUGUGACCGCCGUUGCUUUGGUCCCUAUGUUAGUGACUGCUGCCAUGGUGAGUGUGCAGGUGGCUGCUAUGGACCCAAGGACACAGACUGCUUUGCCUGCACCAACUUUAAUGACAGUGGGGCAUGUGUGACCCAGUGCCCCCAGCCCUUUGUCUACAACCCCACCACCUUCCAACUGGAACACAACCCCAGGGCCAAGUACACCUAUGGAGCAUUCUGUGUCAAGAAGUGUCCACAUAACUUUGUGGUGGACCAUAGCUCAUGUGUGAGAGCAUGCCCGAGUAACAAGAUGGAGGUGGAAGAGAACCGUAUUAAGAUGUGCAUUCCUUGUACUGACAUCUGCCCGAAAGCAUGUGAUGGCAUUGGUACAGCCAGCCUACAGGCUGCUCAGACAGUAGACUCCAGUAACAUCGACAAGUUUGUCAACUGCACCAAAAUCAACGGCAACUUGGUGUUCCUCAUCACUGGGAUCAAAGGGGAUGUCUAUCACAAUAUUGAAGCUUUGGACCCAGAAAAACUCAAUGUAUUCCGCACCGUUCGGGAGAUCACAGGCUUUUUGAACAUCCAGUCUUGGCCUGACAACAUGACAGACCUGAGUGUUUUCUCCAACCUUGCAACUAUCGGGGGAAGAGCACUGUACAGUGGGAUCUCCCUGCUAGUGUUAAAGCAGCAGGUCAUCUCAUCACUGCAGCUCCAGUCGCUGAGAGAGAUAAGCGCCGGGAAUGUCCACAUCGCAGAGAACAGCCAGCUUUGCUACUACAACACUGUCAACUGGACAAGACUGUUCCGUGCUGCAAAUCAGAAGGUUCUUAUCCGCAACAACCAAAGCCCACAGAAGUGCUCCAAGACGGGGAUGGUGUGUGACCCGCUGUGUUCAGACGCAGGGUGUUGGGGUCCUGGCCCAGACCAAUGCCUCUCCUGCAGAUACUUCAGUCGUGGACGAACCUGUGUGGAUACCUGCAACCUUUAUGAAGGGGAUAUCCGAGAGUAUGCCAACGGAUCUGUGUGUGUGGAGUGUGAUGGCCAGUGUGAGCGAGCUGACGGGGACUCUUUGACCUGCAACGGUCCGGGCCCAGAGCAUUGUGUGAAAUGCCUGCAUUUUAAGGACGGCCCUAAUUGUGUUGAAAAGUGUCCCGAUGGCCUGCAGGGUGCCAACAGCUUCAUCUUCAAGUACGCCGAAGCCAACAAUGAAUGCCAUCCCUGCCAUGCCAACUGCACCCAGGGGUGCAUUGGACCAAGACUGCAAGACUGUAUUGGCUGGAUGGACAGAACCCCUCUGAUCGCAGCAGGGGUGAUCGGCGGCCUCUUCUUGGUGGUGAUCAUGGUGCUGAGCGUAGCUGUGUCCGUGCGCCGGAAGAACAUUAAGAAGAAGAGAGCCCUUCGUCGCUUCCUGGAAACAGAGCUGGUGGAACCUUUAACACCCAGUGGAACAGCACCCAACCAAGCCCAGCUUCGCAUCCUGAAAGAGACAGAACUCAAAAGGGUCAAGAUCCUUGGCUCUGGGGCCUUUGGGACUGUUUAUAAGGGUAUUUGGGUCCCAGAAGGUGAAACGGUGAAGAUUCCUGUAGCCAUUAAAAUCCUAAAUGAGGCCACGGGACCCAAGGCUAACGUGGAGUUCAUGGACGAGGCCUUGAUCAUGGCGAGCAUGGAGCACCCCCACCUGGUCCGCCUGCUGGGCGUCUGCCUGAGUCCCACCAUCCAGCUGGUCACACAACUGAUGCCUCAUGGGUGUCUGCUCGACUAUGUCCACGAGCACAAGGACAACAUCGGAUCCCAGCUGUUGCUCAAUUGGUGUGUCCAGAUUGCCAAGGGGAUGAUGUACCUGGAGGAGCGUAGGCUUGUCCACAGGGAUCUGGCAGCCCGAAAUGUUCUGGUCAAAUAUCCCAACCACAUCAAGAUCACCGACUUUGGUCUGGCUCGCCUGUUGGAUGUUAAUGAGAAGGAAUACAAUGCUGAUGGAGGAAAGAUGCCCAUCAAAUGGAUGGCACUGGAGUGUAUCCAUUACAGGAAGUUUACUCAUCAGAGUGACGUUUGGAGUUACGGGGUAACCAUCUGGGAGGUGAUGACCUUUGGAGGGAAGCCAUACGAUGGGAUUUCCACCAGAGAUAUCCCAGACCUGCUAGAGAAAGGAGAGCGUCUUCCUCAGCCGCCCAUCUGCACCAUCGACGUCUACAUGGUCAUGGUCAAAUGCUGGAUGAUUGAUGCAGACAGUCGGCCAAAGUUCAAGGAGCUGGCUGCAGAGUUCACUCGGAUGGCUCGUGAUCCCCAAAGAUACCUGGUCAUCCAGGGUGACGACCGCAUGAAGCUGCCCAGCCCCAGCGACAGCAAGUUCUUCCAGAGCCUCCUGGACGAGGAGGAGCUGGAGGACCUGAUGGAUGCUGAAGAGUACCUGGUGCCCCACUCUUUCAACAUUCCACCACUGGCAUACACUCCCCGUACACACAUGGACUCCAACAAGAACCAGUAUAGCUACCAGGACCCCAGCUUCAGCAUGGAGGACAUGCUGGCCAGCCUCCCCAGAGUGGUCUCUGUUCCACCCGCGUCUGGAAGCUGCCUCCAACCACAGGACCUGUCCUCAGGGGGGCAGAUUGGUAGUGGAUUUGGCCGUGGUAAUCAGGACGACCCUCGCUGCAAUGGAACCCUGAGGAAGCAGGCCUCCCCGAGGUCAAGUACCCUUGGGCCUGGCACGGUUCUCGCUGCAGGACAAGGUGGAGGGGAGGACAGUAGUGGACAGCGUUACAGUGCCGAUCCCACCAGUCUUUUAGCAGAGCGAGGAGCAAAAGGAGACAAGGACCAGGACAGCUACAUGACUGCCAUGAGAGACAAGAACAACUCAGACUAUCUCAACCCAGUAGAGGAAAACCCCUUUGUUACACGCCGUAGAAAUGGUGACGCCCACGCAGUGAUUGAUGGAGCGGGUUGCCACACCCUGCACAUGGCUGGAGCUUCUGCUGGCCCCAAGAGCCAGUCCACCCACGGGGACGAUGAGUACAUCAACGAGCCACUGUAUCUGAAUACCUUCCUUAACCCUGGGGACAAGAACGGAUUGGCUGGUGCAGUCUCCAUCUCUGGCCUUGGAUCCUCUGCUGCCCAAACAGUAUCGCAGACAGUCAACCCAUCAACAUCAAGCCACACGGUCUCCUACUCUGGAUAUGUGAUUCCCCCUGGCCACCUCCCACACCCAUCGUAUCCAUCACACACCCUUCAUCCGGGGCAUUCAGGACACGCUCUGCACUCAGGCAUCACCAGCAGCACCAUCAUGUUUGAUAAGAAAGGCAAGAAGGCCACUUUUGACAAUCCUGAAUACUGGCAGCACAGUCUACCCCCGAAGUCCUCACUGCACAACCCUGAGUACCUGCAGGACUGCAGCACACGCUUCUUCUACCGGCAGAAUGGACGCAUUCGCCCUGCUGUGGCCGAAAACCAGGAGUACUUGUCCGAGGCUGCUAUGAAAGCUGGCAAUGUGCUGCCACCCCCUCCAUACAGACAGAGGAACACUGUAGUGUAGUGACCAAGCUGUAGCACAAUGGAGGGAUGAAUAGAGGGAUAGGGGUGGAGAUACAUGGACGUUGAACAGUCCACUUGUUUCCAUGCAGUACUUCUCAACCUGGGUUCUCAUUGCACCCUGAACAUGUCUCUCUAUUAUGUCUGAUUGCAAGUCUUUUAGUCUUACUCCAAGGUUUUGCCUUUUCUUGACAAGUCUACAAUAACAGUCACUGACAGCCUCACUUGACAUUCAAACCAUCUUUUUUAGCUCCAUCCUUGGCCAUGAAAGCAAGUCGCGUCGAAGUUUGUUCUAUUCUGGAGCACACUGUCCUGCCAUCUUAAGUAUCAGAAAUGCACAAAAACAACACAAUGAAAGAAAUAAGAUGUUCAAUCAGAUAAAAAGGGAGAAAUAAACUGAGGUUAGCCCAAAGAGAGGAUUAUCGCCCUGACCUUACAUGCGUUUCUUUAUACACUGUACCUAUCCAUUACAGUUUACCAUGUCCUUUUGGCACAUUUCCACCCAGAUAGAUGCACACAUUGCAGUAUGCACACAUUGUUAUUGCUUGUGUGCAAUCUAUUA